AUGACGGUUAUAGCGGGUGCCACUGACAAUGCAACCGUACUGCCGAGACAUGCUUGGGAUUCGCACAUCCAUAUCAUCGAUCCGGAGCGGUUUCCCAUGGACCCAGACCGAGACUAUACUCCGAAAGCUGCGACUGUGGCGAACGCAAAUAGCUUCCUGAAGAAGACUGGAGUAUUCCAUCCUGUCGUCGUCCUCCCCAGCGUUUAUGGCACCAAUAAUUCGGUGCUCUUGGAUGCUCUCAAGGCUUUUAACGGCUCUGCAAGAGGAGUCUGUGUGGUCGAUCCGGACACGAUCGCCAAUGCAACCCUCGACCAGUUCCACGCUGCCGGUGUCCGAGGCGUCCGCGUCAAUUUUGGUAACGAGGGUACGAAUGAAGAGAUCGUAGAGGCUGUCUGGAAAAAUGCCAAAAUCGCAGCAUUGAACAAUUGGAAUCUACAGUUAUGGCUCCCGAUCAGGGCCUUUGCUGCUUUGCACGACAUCAUCCCCAAGCUUGGGGUACGUGUUGUGACCGACCACUACGGACACGCACUCGUCGGCUCACGCACCGGCAACAUGAGCGAUACCAUCGACCCAUACACCAUUGCAGGCUUUCCAGAGAUGAUAGACCUUGUCCAGCGCAAGCUCUUGUUCGUCAAGAUCUCAGCGCCUUACCAGAAUUCGAAGCUGACGCCACUGUACGAUGACAUGCGCGUUGUCGCUGAUACCAUCAUGGCCAACGGUCCCGAUAUGGUAGUCUAUGGAUCAGAUUGGCCACACACAGCAAGUAAGGAAGGUAACGCUGCGGUUGGUGGAAGGCUCUUCCCGCAAGAUUUUCGUAAGAUCGAUGAUGCUGGAAUCAUUGCACAGACUGUCGAGUGGGCUGGCUCUAAGCAGCAGGUGCAGCGGCUGUUCGUUGACAACCCAAGAAGGUUGUGGCAGUGGUACGCAAACGAGACAAUUUCUUAG